AUGCCUCCUCCCCCCCAUAUCCGGCCUGAGAAUGUGCUCAGACGAGCGCAAGAGCUCAUUGCCGUUGACCAAACCCAAGCGGCUCUCAAUGUCCUGCAUGAACAUGUCACCUCCAAGCGUUCACGGAAUAGUCCCAUCUCCUCUCUCGAGCCGGUUAUGCUCCUUUUUGUCGAGUUGUGUGUCGACCUAAGAAAAGGCAAAUCCGCAAAAGAUGGACUUUACCAGUACAAGAACAUCGCGCAGAACACGAAUGUGGGAACGAUAGAGUUGGUCUUGAAAAAAUUCAUUGAGCUUGCCGAACAAAAGGUUCAGGAGGCUCAAGCCAAGGCUGAUCAAGUUCAAUCGUCGCUUGAGUCGGCGACCAGUGCCACCGCGCUUAAUGUCGAGGAUCUCGAGGCCACUGAAACCCCAGAGACUAUCCUACUGGCCACUGUCUCCGGUGAACAGUCCAAAGAUCGGACUGAUCGAGCGAUUGUUACUCCGUGGCUCAAAUUUCUCUGGGAGACGUACCGUACGGUCCUGGAAAUUCUGAAGAACAAUGCUCGACUGGAGGUUAUGUAUCAGAGCACCGCGCAUCAGGCAUUUGAUUUCUGUCUGAAGUACACACGAAAGACCGAGUUUCGUCGGCUGUGUGAACUUCUGCGAAACCAUGUGCAAAAUGCUGCGAAAUACUCCUCCCAGAUGCACGCCAUCAAUCUCAAUGAGCCCGACACCCUGCAGCGUCAUCUCGAAACGCGCUUCCGCCAGUUGAAUGUGGCGGAUGAGCUUGAACUUUGGCAGGAAGCUUUCCGCAGCGUUGAAGACAUCCACAUGCUUCUCACGCUCUCCAAACGACCAGCGAAAAACGUCAUGAUGGCCAACUAUUACGAGAAACUCACAAAGAUCUUCCUCGUCAGCGACAACUUUUUGUUCCACGCAGCAGCAUGGAAUAAAUACUACAACCUGCUCCGACAGUCUGCAGCCGCCGUCGCGUCUGGUCAGUCUCCAAAGCGCGAUAACCCUGCGGUCACCGAGGACUCUCUGACCAAGGCCGCCUCUUUUGUCUUGCUCUCCGCCCUGGCCAUUCCCGUCAUCAGCACAUCUCGUUCGCGAGGUGCGUUGGUCGAUGUCGACGAGGCACGGAAAAACAAAAACAAUCGCUUGACCAACCUUCUGAGCAUGCCGUUUGCUCCGACAAGAGCAGGACUCUUCAAGGACGCGCUCAGCAAGGGCUUGCUCAAGCGGGUUCGGCCUGAGAUUCGUGAUCUCUACAACAUCCUCGAAGUCGAUUUCCAUCCUCUGUCCAUUUGCAAGAAGAUUUCACCUAUUCUGGCUCAAAUCGGAGCAGAUCCCGAAAUGGAAAAAUAUGUCCUUCCCCUGCAGCAGGUCAUUCUCACCCGUCUCUUCCAGCAGCUUUCACAAGUGUACGAAUCAGUGGAAUUGAGCUUUGUUACCCGGCUCGCUCAAUUCCCUGCACCAUUUGAGGUGACUCCCGCUAUGAUCGAGAAGUUCAUCAUGAACGGUUGCAAAAAGGGCGACCUAUCCAUUAGACUUGACCAUAUAUCUGGUAUCUUGGCCUUCGACUCUGAUGUCUUCUCCUCCGCGAAAGCCAUCCAUCCUGGCAGUGCAGCAGGAUCGGCAGAGGGCGAAGCCGGUUCAGUCCAAAGACUCCAGAAUACCCCGGCCGAGAUUGCUCGAUCGCAGCUUACAAGAUUGGCGAAGACUUUGCAUGUGACAUGCAUGUACGUCGACCCAUCGUACAACCAAGCUCGUCUAGCGGCGAGAGAGACCGCUUUAGCUCGUGCUGAGGCCGGAGCUGAGCAAGAGCACCAGGAAACUCUCGAAAGGCGAGUUGUCAUCGAGAAGAAGAAGGAAGCGGCUUCCGAGGCAUUCCAAAAGAGACAGCGAGAAGAAGAAACUCGUCGCCGCAUUCGUGCUCAGCAGCAGGCAGAGGCCGAGUCUCAAAGACUACGUGACGAGACAAGAGCUCGUGAGCUCAAACGUGUCAAGGACGAACAAGCCCGCAUUCGACGCCAGGAAAUAGAGAAACAGUUAGCCGAACUUCAAAGUGGCAUGAAGAUUGAUCUUCACGAUGUGAAUAUUGACGAGCUUGACUCCAAUCAGAUCCGGUACCUUAAGCUGUCGCAAUUGGAGAAAGACAAGAAAGAAAAGGACGAGCGCAUCCGUGUCACAGCCAAGCGUCUUGAUCACCUGGAGCGUGCAUUCCGCCGGGAGGAGCUCAAGUACCAACAGCAGGAUUAUGAGAAGCAGCGAGAGGAGGACAUGAAGAUCUACGAGCAAAACAAACAACUCAUGUUGAAGGAGGCGCAGGAGAAGCAUAAGGAAGGUCUUGCCUUGAAACAUCGUCUCAGCAGACUGGUCAAACACUACGAUUCCUUCAAGGGUCAAAUCACGGAGCGCCGUGCUGCCGAGUUUGAGAGGCUCCGCAAGAGAGCCGAGCGGGAAUUCGAGGAAGAGAAGCGGAAACGGAUCAAGGCGUACCACGAGGAGAAGGCCAGACAACGUGAAGCACAAGAAGCCGAAGAGCGUCGCAUCCGCGAGGAGGAAGAGCGUAGACAGCGUGAGGAACAAGAGAAAGCCAAGGCCGAGGAAGAAAAGAAACGACUUGCUGCCGAGCGACGAGCUCAGGCAGAGGCGGCUCGGCUCGAGCGUGAAGAGGCCGCGAGAAAACAGAUGCAACGUGAGGAAGAAGCCGCAGCAAGGAGAGCGGCUCGCAGAGCCGAACAGAUGGCACCAGCACCGGCAUCAUUCUCUCGCGCAGGACCAAGAGAAGCAGCUCCCAUGGAGGCCCGUACCGAGUCUCAAGAAGGUCCACGAACUGCCCCCCGUCUGCCCUUGACUGGUAAAGCCGGUGGCGGCUGGCGGGAGCGACAAGCUGCAAAGGAAGCUGCUGGUCAAGGACAGGCUCCAGCCGAAGCUCCGGUCCCCUCUCAAGCUGCUCCUUCAGGUCAAGAGCCACCACCUCGUCGUCCAGGCGGGUAUGUUCCCCCUCAUCUGCGUGAAAGCGGACCUGCUCGUGCUGGUGCGGACCACCCACCUCCUCGUGAUCAUUACCACCCUCCUUCUCGUGACUAUCAUCCACCACCUGCGCGCAAUGCGUCUGCUUCUCCCGCUAACGGCGCACCAAGCGGACGUUAUGUGCCGGUGCAUAUGAGAGACGGAGGGCGCAGCUUGUCAAGGGAAGGCGCCGGUUCUCCAGCACAGGGAAGUGGCGAUGAAGCAGGGCAGAGAAAGCCUGCGUCGGGAACGCCGGGAAGGUAUGUGCCUCCAAGCAUGCGCAAUCGUCAGCAGUGA